AGCAGGUAUAUUGCUUCUUGGAGCUUUAUUUGUGCCAACGUAGUAUUGCGCGGACGGAAAUUGUAAUAUUAAUAUAAUAUAAUUAUUAAAUACUACGUGCAAAAAUCACAACAAAUACGUAUUAUGGAAAAGAGUGAAAAGUGUUUGGAACAAUGUCAUAGGCGGACUAAAGUGUCAAAAUCAAAAAUAAUUACCGACAACUCGAUUUUGCGAAUGCCGCGUGUGAGAGAUGGAAAAUCAAUUGCACGGCCAAAAUUAUGUGUUACAUUGGAAGGUCCACAAACAACAAACGUCAUUUGUCUUGCUUUUAUAAUUACAAUUCUAGCAUUCGCAAAUUGUUUAAAUUUGGCCCUUGGCUCUUAUGCAAAUGAUAUUGAUGGCGAUGCUCCGUUCACAGUGUUAAAACCAUUCAAUUUCAUUAAUAAUCUUCGCGAGGAGGACAACAAAAAUAACUCGAACACAGACACAAUACUGAAGGAAUUGCAGUUGUCAGAAGCACAAACAAGAGUUCGGAUACCUCGAGAAAGUAAAGUAAAUAGCUCCGUUCGGAUUAUUGGAUUGCGUUUGGAAGAUGAUAGCUCAGAGUCAAAUGAUGGCAUACCGAGUGUAUUGAGUAAUAAGGAACAGACGAUUCGCAUUUUCGGAAUUGGCUUGGAGAAAAACACUGUAAUCGCGUUUACAAUUGAGGAAAACGAGUAUCAGGGAGCAUGUCUAAAGCCGACAACAGAAAUCUUUAAGCCCGAAGAGGUGUCCGCGGACGGAACGACAGCUACAUAUACGGUUAAGUUUCCGUACUCAAGCAGCGUGAUGUAUGUUUGUGCAAAAACCGACGAAGGUACAACUCACAGCAGCGCAGCACAGACUACGCCACUUGAGCAUCAGGGCAAUGCCAAAUGGAUGAAAAUCGAAACGCAUCAACCUUUAUUGCCCGUUUGGGUGGCAAUUCUUGUUAUUGUAACGUGCCUCUGUUUUUCGGCCCUAUUCUCGGGUCUGAACUUGGGACUGAUGGCGAUGGACCGCACCGAAUUAAAAAUAUUAAGAAAUACUGGCACGGAAAAAGAAAGAAAGUAUGCCGCGAAAAUUGCACCUGUCAGAGAUCAAGGUAAUUAUCUGUUGUGCAGUAUUCUCUUGGGUAAUGUGUUGGUUAACUCCACCUUUACCAUUCUACUGGAUGGUUUGACCUCUGGACUCUUUGCUGUCAUAUUUUCCACCCUGGCUAUCGUGCUCUUUGGUGAAAUAACACCUCAGGCUGUUUGUUCAAGACACGGCUUGGCUAUUGGAGCCAAAACUAUAUUGAUUACCAAAACGGUAAUGGCCAUUACAGCCCCGCUGUCGUACCCAAUUUCUCGUAUCCUAGAUGCUUUAUUGGGUGAAGAGAUUGGCAAUGUAUUUAAUCGUGAACGCCUAAAGGAACUUGUUCGAGUCACAAACGAUGUAAAUGAUUUGGAUAAAAAUGAAGUGAAUAUUAUAUCAGGCGCGUUGGAGCUGCGCAAAAAGACGGUUGCCGAUAUUAUGACACACAUUAAUGACGCUUACAUGCUUUCAUUGGAAGCUGUGCUGGACUUUGAAACCGUGUCGGACAUCAUGAACUCGGGUUAUUCGCGUAUUCCAGUAUACGAUGGGGAUAGGAAGAACAUUGUCACUUUGCUGUAUAUUAAAGAUUUGGCAUUCGUUGAUACUGAUGACAACACCCCGUUGAAGACACUUUGUGAAUUUUACCAAAAUCCAGUGCAUUUUGUUUUUGAGGACUACACGCUAGAUGUUAUGUUCAAUCAAUUCAAGGAAGGUACAAUCGGACAUAUAGCAUUUGUGCAUCGCGUCAACAGUGAAGGCGACGGCGAUCCAUUUUAUGAAACCGUUGGCCUUGUUACAUUGGAGGAUGUAAUUGAGGAGCUUAUACAAGCGGAAAUUGUUGAUGAAACCGAUGUGUUUGUCGACAACCGUACAAAAACUCGUCGCAGUCGUUAUAAAAAAGCCGACUUUUCUGCGUUUGCCGAACGUCGCGAGGCUCAAACUGUGCAUAUAUCUCCUCAAUUAACGUUGGCAACAUUUCAAUACCUUAGUACAGCUGUUGAAGCGUUUAAGAAAGAUGUUAUAUCAGAACCGAUCUUGCGGCGUUUACUUAAUCAAGACGUUUUCCACAACAUUAAAUCAAAGGGGAAAAAUAAGGAUGAUCCCAGUCUGUUUAUAUUCACACAAGGAAAAGCUGUUGAUUUUUUCGUACUUAUAUUAGAGGGUCGUGUAGAAGUGACGAUUGGCAGGGAAGGUCUUCUUUUUGAAAGUGGGCCAUUUACUUAUUUUGGAACCCAAGCAUUGGUACAGAAUGUUGUUGUUGAUUCUCCAACCCAGAUGGGAUCAAUGCAGUCUUUGAAUAUGGAUACGAAAAUUCGGCAAACUUUCGUUCCUGAUUACUCGGUUCGCGCUUCUGGGGAUGUGAUAUAUAUUGCAAUUAAACGAAACUUGUAUCUUACUGCAAAAAAAGCAACAUUGUUAGAAAAAAGUCGUAAAUCGGGCACGUUCUCCAGUGAAACAUUCGAUGACGAAGUUGAACGUCUUCUGCAUUCGAUAACUGAAGAUGAGAAGCCUCGAUUCCUGACAGCCUCUCAGGGUGCAAGACGCUCUUCUAAACCAAACAGAAGUACAACAUCGUCACCUACAAAUAAUACUUUGUCCCAUGAUGAUCGAAGUAAUAGUGCUAGUGGUCAAAUCCCAACAGGACCAAGAAUUGGUCCAGGACAUACUGCAGAUGGUUCAUUCAGUAGUUUGGUUACUUCGGAUGUGGCAGGUGAUCUUCAGAAUGGAGAUAACGAGGACAGAGAUGGAACAGCGGCGUCAACACCGCUCUUGCCAAAGCCAGAGGAAAAUAACGAAUCCAGGCAAAACAAGCCACAAUAACGACAGUCUUCGCAGUACCCCAGACAUUAAAACCUAGUUGCCGCAGAUUAAAUUUUCCCUAAGUAUCACCCACAAUUGUUCUAAUGUAAAACAGAAAUAUUCUUGCUGUUUCCUUAAAUAUUAUUAACAUUACUAUUGUUUAUUUUUCAACUACAACUUGAGAUUUGACUAGAAUUUUGUUUCUUUACUUUGUAAACGUGAGUUAGCGAUUUAUGUUUAGAUACAAGAAAUUAAUGUAACAACCAAUGAUGUUUUAUUUCGUUUGUGCUUCAGAGCGAGGUUUCGUCUGUAGAAGAGCAUAAUAAUACUUUUGAGAAUUUUCGAAUCCUAAAAUUACACACAUUUACACACAUAAUAAAUACCUCAUUAAUUACGUACUUAAGGAGAGAAAUUAAGCACCACUGCUUGCAAUCCACCCCACAUUUCUACUUCCAAUUUAAUGAAUAAAUAUGUUUAUGACCCCAGCAUUAA